GUGGCGGGAAGGAAAUACGCCGGCUGGAGUGUGCUACGUCCGCCGCUCCCUCCUUCUCCCUACCGGAACUGUGGUAGCAAUCUUAGCUAACUGCUCCUGCUCCGGGAAGGGCUGCAAUCUGCUCAGAUUUUGUUUCUUUUUCCUCCGCUCUUCCCGGAAGGUGAAAGGUCGAAUCGUGGAUAGAUUCACUUCCAGGGCCCAAAACCCACGGCCACAGGGGCGCCAGUGUUCUCCGGACUCAAUUGUUAAAGCUCUGUGUAGGUGAUUAUUCCCAAAAUGAAGAGUGAGUGCUGACUUAGGCUCUGGGGUUGUAGCUCACUUGCCUAGCGUGCACGAAGGCCUGCAUUCAAUCCCCAGCACUGCAUAAACCAGAGCCUUGGCUCUGAAGAGAGCUUCUUAGGGUUAGCGGAUGCCGCAACACAGCCUCGUGAUGCAGUGUGAAUCCAGUCCAAGGGAAGAGGAGAUCCCGUCCCUCUUUUGGGGUUUGGAUCCUGUGUUUCUAGCCUUUGCAAAACUCUACAUCAGGGAUAUCCUGGAGAUGAAGGAGUCCCACCAAAUGUCAGGAAUAUAUCUUUACAAUGGGCACCCAAUAAGACGAGUGGAUGUCAUGGGAACUGUCAUUAGCGUGAGAGAAAGAGAUGCUUUCUACAGCUAUGGAGUGGAUGAUGCCACUGGGGUUAUCAACUGCACCUGCUGGAAAAAGGGGAGCAAUGCUGAGUCUUCACCAGACCCAGCUGCUCCAUGCACUGCAAGAGAGCUAAGCAUGACCUCACAGCUUAAGAAAUUGCAGGAGACCAUUGAGCAGAAAACCAAGAUAGAAAUUGGGGAUGUCAUCCGUGUCAGAGGCUACGUGCACGUGUUCAGAGAAGAGCGAGAAGUCCGUGCCUCCAUGUAUUAUAAGGUGGACGAUCCAGUGUGGAACCUUCAAAUUGCAAGGAUGCUCGAGCUGCCUGUGCUCUACAAGAGAAUAUAUGACCGGCCAUUCCGCAACCCCGCCCUGAAGGAUGAAGAGGCACCAAGCAAUACGAACACUUUGGAUCUCGCCGGCCUCACGUCUUUGUUGAGUGAGAGAAUCAAAGAAUUUCUCCAGGAGAAGAAAGUACAGACCUUCUACCAACAGGAGCUGGAAGUGGUGGAGUCUUUGCGGUCCCUGGCCAGCCAGCCUGUGCUGCACAGCAGCUGCUCAGACCAGGCGGAAUCCAAGAACAGCACCACUUCCGAUACAGUUCACAGUGUGUUUAAGAAUGCUAUACAGCUGCUGCAGGAAAAGGGACUCCUGUUCCAGAAAGAUGGUGGCUGUGAUAAGCUGUACUACGUGACCAACAAGGACAAAGACCUGCAGCAAAGGAUCUACCAGAUCAUUAAGGAAGAGUGCCAGAAACCAAAUCAUGUGGAGAAGGGCUGCCACUUGAUGCACAUCCUGAGCUGCGUGCGCCUGAACCUCCGCUGGGACCUGAACAAGGCUGUGCUGCAGCAGGUGCUGGAGUUCCUGGAGGACCAGAGUGACAUCGUGAGCACUGGAGCUCACCGCUAUACUGCCUUCUGAGCAGAACUGCGGACCAAAGAUCAGCGGCUUUACCCCAGGUUCUACUCACAGGCAUUGUACAGGGACUUACAUGUAUAUAUUUAACCUCAUAAUAAAUUCUAAUACAGUCACUGGGAAAAUAGGA